AUGGCGAAGCUUUACCCCGCCAUCGUCACUGGUGCGCUGCACACAUUUCAGCAGAACGAGGAACAUCGAUGUAUAAGAACAUACCUUUCCAAUACAUCCAUGCCUGUACCCAACGACCUUGAUCAUUUGGCUGUCAUUUUGGGAACGUCUUGGGUGAUCCGAACCUUGCCCUUCCUGGACAUUGGAAAACAGAUCCCAAAGACCACUUCUUCAGACGAAAGUCUCUCAUGGGCGAUUCAGCAAAUCAACCACUGCAGGGACAGUCAUCAGCACUGUAACUCAUACUUAAGCGCCGCCAUUCUACCUAAGCGAGUUGUCUUUGUCGGUACAACGGCAGAACCUGCCCUCCGAUUGUACGAAUCCCAGGGCGAAAGAGAUUUCUACAUCUGCUUAAGCUACUGCUGGGGUCGCCGUCCUUUUCUCCGUACUCUAUUCGAUAAUCUCGAGUCCCACAAAAGAUGCAUCAACCCUGACGAUCUCCCCCCGACUAUGCACGAUGCUAUCGAAUACACCCGCCAACUCGGAGUCCACUAUAUCUGGAUCGAUAGCUUGUGCAUUAUCCAGGAUUCCGUUCUCGAUUGGCGAGAGGAGGCGGGAAAGAUGGCAUCCAUCUAUCAAAGGUCGUAUCUUGUCCUGUCCGCCACUUCUUCCGCCGACGCCUAUGGAGGCAUGCAUGUCUCCCUCCCUUCCGACUACCAAACAUUCGCCUUGACAGUUAACACCAAAACAAACGAAAUCUGUGACUCCAAUAUAGCCGAUCAGGCAAACUUCCCGAUGACAACGAAUACUACAGAGACAUUUUACGUCCGCCGUACAUAUGAUCAUGUCAACCGAGGGACUUCAAGCUACGCCGGUCGAAUUCCAAUGCUUCCGACCAAUAAGCGUGGCUGGAUUUUCCAAGAACGCUUUCUUUCUUCUCGUGUCCUGCACUUUGGACCCCACGAGCUCUACUUUGAGUGCCUAGAGGAUUCGGCCUGUCAAUGUACCGACCAUAGCAACUCAUCCCUGGACCAGGAGAGUGUCUUAGGGUCUAAGGGGGGCGGGGUGAAUGAGACAACCCCACAGCAAUCGCAUACGGAUAAUUUUCAGCAACAUAGUUCCAUGCGUAAAACGAUAGCGAAAGCAUACUAUGGCCCGGUGGUUUGGAGGAUAAUGACCCGCGAUGAACUCAUGUAUGCGUGGCAUAAUAUGGUUCAUGACUUCACGAGACGGGAUUUGACGUAUGCGAAAGAUUUAUUUCCUGCCAUAUCUGGAUUGGCGAGGGAGAUGAGCGUUGCACGUGCAGCACUACAUGGCAAUGCGGACAAGGCAUACGGGACAGGAUACUAUGCUGGUUUGUGGAAAGACAGCCUGGUGCGAGAUUUGUGCUGGAAGGUCGGAUUUGAGAAUAUCGCUACUGACGAUGAAGAUGAGGUGAAGAGAAUCAAGGCAUGGACAGACAGGGCGCUUGGAUGGCGGGCGCCAACGUGGUCUUGGGGCUCCGUCAACGCACCUGUCAAGUUCCUGGGGCAGGAACAUGGCACGAAGGACUUCUUUACACCCUUGUGUGAAGUAUUAGAUGUUUCCAGUACUGCUGCAGCCGGAUCUGAUGAGAUGGGUGAGCUGAUCACAGGGAGGCUAGUACUGCGCGGGCAGCUUUUGCCGGCCAGAGUGACACAUCCGCGAUUAAAAACCUGUCGGCAAGACGGGCUACGACUCCCAUGGCAGAUUCUUAGCUUGGAGUUCGGGGUGCUGGUUGAGAAUUUUGUGCAGCACCUGUUUGUUGACGACGGAUGUCAGGAUCUCUUGGGGCUUUUGGAUGAGAUGGACGCUGGUGGUGAUCCACCUGUUGUUUACUGCUUUUUGCUUGGGGUAGUAAGGAAAGGGGGAAGUCCAGUAUUUCUCUUGCUAAAGAAGGUCAAAGGGCAAUCGGAGGAAGAAGUGGGCCAAGACGUUUAUCACCGGUUUGGGAGGCUUCAGCUGACAGGACCUCCCCGCCGCCCGAAGAAUGAUCGUACACCAUGGAAGGAACGAUUUGGGGUACUUGCGCAAGCCAAGGAAGAAGUGGUCACGAUCAUCUAG